AUGAUUCUACAGCUGAGAAACUACGCCGUCUUCCUGACCCUCCUUGGGCUAUCCCUCGUUCCUCUCUGCACCGCAGACUCAACUGUGAUCGCGUCCGAUACUCCGAUAGCACAGUUGAGGGCUGCUGCGAAAGAAGCAAACGGAAGAGGUGCCAGACAUGAAGCCCUCGACUACUUCAAUGCCAUCAUUUCCAGGGAUCCUUCCGACUACCUCACCCUCUUCCAGCGUGGCGCCAUCUAUCUUUCCCAGGGUCGCACUGCACAGGCGAGUGCGGAUUUCGACAGCGUUUUGAAGUUGAAACCCGGUUUCGACGGUGCUUUGGUACAACGAGCGAAACUUCGAGCCAGAAGUGCAGACUGGACGGCCGCCAAACAGGAUUAUGUCGCUCUUGGGGACAAGGCUGCUGAAGAGCUGGCACAUCUUGAGGAGGCAGAGGGUGCUGCAUACCUUGCAGCUGAAGCCGAAAAGAAGGGCGAUUAUGAAACAUGCAUUAAUCAGUCCGGUCUUGCUAUCAUGACUGCCGGUGCAGCCCUGUCACUGCGACAACUUCGGGCCAGGUGUCGCUUUGAACGCGGCGAGAUAGAGGAAGGAGUUAAUGAUCUGCAGCAUGUCUUGUCCAUCGCCCCUGGUUCCAUCGAACCUCAUCUCCAGGCAUCGGCCAUGUUCUUCUACAGUCUUGGCGACACUGAACGUGGUCUUACCCAGAUCAAGAAGUGUCUUCACUCCGAUCCAGACUCAAAGCCUUGCAAGCGCCUCUUCCGUGAAGAGAAAGCCAUCGCCAAACAGAUCGAUAAAGCUCAAACCCUUAUGAGCAACAAACAGUAUAACUCAGCAAGCAAAGUGUUUGUUGGCUUGAACACAGAAGAUGAGCCAGGUCUGCUAUCGGAGAUCAAAGCCAACAUCGAACAACAUCGAUCCGAUGGGACCAUUCACUCAAAAGCAGCAUCCUCUUUGUAUACCGUGUUGGUCGAGAAGACCUGCGAAGCUUUCGUCUCCAUGAAGUCCAUGGUAAAGGCACAGCCAUAUUGUGUCGAGUCCUUGAACCUGAAUCCCAACUCCCUAUAUGCCUUGCUAUACCAAGCUCAAAAGCACAUGGAUAAUGAGAGCUUCGAAGCGGCCAUUACCUCUCUGACCACCGCUCGUGAGAAUCAUCCAGAGUCGCAGAAUCUCAUCAACGAGAAACUUCAGGAAGCACAGACGGCUCUCAAACGCUCCAAGACCAAGGACUACUACAAAGUCCUCGGUGUUUCACGUGACGCAGAUGAGCGCACCAUCCGAAAAGCCUACCGCGCAGCGACAAAGAUUCACCAUCCUGACAAGGCCGCAGCACGUGGGGAGUCGAAGGAUGAAGCAGAAAAGAAAAUGGCUUCAAUCAACGAAGCAUACGAAGUCCUCAAUGACCCUGAGCUGAAAGCUCGCUAUGAUAGAGGCGAUGAUCCGAAUGAUCCCAUGUCCAACCAAGGCGGCUCUCCAUUCCAAGGCAGCCCAUUUGGUGGAGGUCAGCAAUUCGUCUUUCAACAGAACGGGCAAAAGUUUAAAUUCUCUGGUGAAGGAGGAAACCCCUUCGGUGGAUUUCCGAAUGGGUUUAACUUUGGAUGA